CUCUAUCUCUCUCUCUCUCCCUCUCUCUCUCUCUAAGUCACUCAAGUGUCACUUUCUCACAUAUACUUCACACAAAAGAAACAACCAUUCACUACAUACCUUGUCAUCUCUCUCUCUCUCUCUCUCUCUCUCUCUCUCUCUCUCUCUCUCUCUCUCUCUCCGUAUCUCAAAAAUCUCUGCAACUGCUCAACCUCAAACAAGAAAAUUUCGAUCAUUAUUCUCAAGAAAGCCACGAAAUCUCGUCUUCAAAAAGAAGCACGAUACCCUUUUGCUCCACACCCAUAAAGACACUACUUCCUUUUUUUUCCCCUCUCCUUAUCUCCAAUUCAAGAAAACAAAAACUAGGGUUCUUCAUUUGAGAGACAAAAGAAUCAAAGGUUGAGCCCUCUUCACCUUUUUGUUUUUGGGGGUCAAGAACAAGACCAAAAAGCCGAAGAAAGCUUUCUUCGAUCGGUUAUAACCAUGGAGCUGUUCCCUGCCCAACCAGAUUUAUCCUUACAGAUCAGUCCUCCCGACGGCAAGCCGUCGUCGACGUGGCAAAGGCGAUCGACAGGAGAAACUGAUGAUCAAGAUCUUGAUUUAGGGUUUUGGAGAAGAGCUUUGGAUUCAAGAACAUCGUCUCUGGUCUCUUCCAAUUCCAAGGCCGACACUUCUUUCGACCUCUCCUUGUCGAAUAACAGCUCCUUUUUCCCUCGGAGCCCCGUCUCGGUCUCAUCGACGGAACCAAACUCCUUGGCUCAUUUCCACUUUCUCCCAAACUGCAAUGGCUCCAACAUCCUCAACUCCCUGCAAUUUCAGACAGCACAACAACAACUGUUUCAAGAACAGCAACAACUUCAGUAUCAACGACAUGGGUUUCUUAGUCGUGACCUCAGCUUCUUAAGGCCAAUACGAGGAAUCCCACUUUACCAAAACCCUCCUCCUCCUCCUCCUCCUCCACCAUGUUUCCCUUUCGAUCCAUCCUCUUUGAUUCCUUCUUCCUCUUCUUCUUCUCUGGUUAACAACACCAUUAGUACAAGUAGUGUUGCUAACUCCGGUUUAACAGACCCUAAUCAUAACCCUAAUAACCGUCAUCAUCAUCAUCGUCAUCAUCAUCAGGGCUUGAUGAAUAACAACAGAUCAAGAUUCAUGCCAAGAUUUCCGGCGAAGAGAAGCAUGAGAGCUCCUCGGAUGCGGUGGACGACCACUCUCCACGCUCGUUUCGUCCACGCCGUCGAAUUGCUCGGCGGCCAUGAAAGAGCAACGCCCAAAUCCGUUCUUGAGCUCAUGGAUGUAAAAGAUCUCACCUUGGCUCAUGUCAAGUCCCAUUUACAGAUGUAUCGGACAGUGAAGACCACCGACAAAGCAGCAGCUUCUUCAGGGCAAUCCGAUGUCUAUGAAAACGGAUCUUCCGGGGAUAACUCGGACGAUUGGAUGUUAGAUAUGAAUCGGAAAUCGAAACAGAGAAACGAAAUGCAAAAUCAACGGGACAAAUCGUACGGUGAAAAGGGCAAAGAUCAUCGCGGUCUAUGGAGCAACUCGUCCGGUGAGGCACGGUUGCAUGGGAUGCCGAACGAUACUGUUGCAGAAAAUAUGCUGCCAUAUGAGAAGGAGAUGGAUCCAAGCUAUGAGAGGAUAUCAUCAGAAGAUAGAAGCUCAUCGAGCAUUAUAUCAGGAACAAGCCCCACCAAGCCAAACCUCGAAUUUACUUUGGGCAUGCCUCUGUAACUUGUUAUAACACUUAUUCCUAUAUUAAUUAAUUAAUUAACACCUAGUUCCUCUCCAUAUAUAUAUAUA